GUUAAGCCCCGCCCACAACCGGUCCCGGUAGCGAUUUCCGGUUCCGGGGCGCACUGAGGUGAGUGUCGGUGUCGGUGUUUCGUGGGGUCUCGGUACUUCCGGGGUGACCGGGAGAUCCCGGAUCGUUCCCGUCGGCCAUGGCGAAUCACCUCCGCUUCAUCGGCCGAACCGUCAUGGUGCAGAACGGCAACGUAGAUGCGGCCUAUGGGGCGCUGAGCAGGAUCCUGUCUCAGGAUGGCAUCGUUGAGUCAGUGAAGCAGGGCCGGUACUACGAGAAGCCGUGUCGCAAGAGGCAGCGCUUGGCUUAUGAAGCGUGCAGGCGUGUGUACAACACUGAGAUGGCCCGCAAGAUCUCCUUCCUCGCCCGCAAGAGUCGCAUGGACCCAUGGCUGGGCUGCUAACGGGGUUACAGCCGUCUGUCCUCAUGGCCGUCUGUCCUUUGGGUGCUGCUGCUGUUAAUAAAUGCUGUGUGCAGCGCUCUGCUUCGGC